CAGAAAGUGGAAGAUUGCAUCAUCAAAAGUUUUCUCAGAAGUCAGUAGGACUGCCUUCCAUUCCUUGUGAUUCUCCCUUAAAUUGGUAAGCGGGGUAAGAAAAGCUAGCAAGUACAGAGCAGCUGGUGAGGAUAAACAGAGCACUUUGGACAGCAUCAACUCAAGCAAAAUGGAUUAUUUCAAUAACCAAAAUGAAACCGAUUAUCCUAUUGAUAAUCUGUGGAACUAUAUGAUUGUGAGUUCUCAGGUCUUCUUCUACCUGACCUUGAUCCUUGGUGUUCCUGGAAAUGCCUUUGUUGUGUAUGUUGCUGGAAUGAAGAUGAAGAGGACUGUUAAUACAGUAGGGUUUCUCAAUCUAGCAAUUGCUGACCUCUUUUGUUGCCUUUCCACUCUUUACUUUGUGGCAGAAAACUUUCUUGAAGAAAACUGGCUGGAUGGAUCUGUCUUCAUGUGCAAGAUUGUCCCCUUCAUUAUGCACAUCACCAUGUUUGCUAGUGUUUUCACCCUGAGCUUAAUUAGUCUGGAUCGGUUUACUCUGGUGAUUACCCCAGUUUGGGCCAAAAAUCAUCGCAGCCUUUUAAUUGCACGACUGUCCUCUGUAGCAGCCUGGGUUCUGGCUUUAAUUCUUAGUCUGCCUUUUAUGAUGAUAAAAGAGAAUUCCACAGAUGGCAUAAGCUACUGCCUGCAAUAUGAAUUUGAAAAAGAGGAAAUGUAUAGAAGGUUAUGCAUCAUCAGAUUUGUGUUUGGAUUUUUGAUUCCUCUCAUAUGCAUCACAACAUGCUAUGGAUUCAUCGCACACAAGUUAGGCAGGAGUCAUUUUAACUCUGGACGAGUGUUUCGCAUCAUGUUGGCUAUUAUUGUGGCCUUUUUUCUGUGCUGGUUGCCAUAUCACAUCGUGCAUUUGAUAAUCAUAUUUGAUAAUGACUGGGAGACAUCAAAUUUCUUAGUGGCUUUGGUAGUGUAUCCAUUGGCCAUUUCUUUGGCGUAUGUCAACAGCUGCCUGAACCCCAUUCUGUAUGUUUUCAUGGGGAAGGAUUUUAAAAGCAAUGUUAAGCUUUCUCUAAGACAUGUUUUUGAAAGAGCUUUCUCUGAGGAGGGGACACAAGUGUCACGUUCCACCCAGACACAACAAAUGCACUCAGUGUAAGGAAGAUAUGAACUCAUUUAUUCAGUCUUUUCAUUUUUUGAUUGAUUUUUAUUGCUUUAUUAUACUUUUAUUAUAUGAAAUUACCUAUGUCCCAAUAAAAAUUAAUGUAACUUUUCAAAAAAAACUAAUGAAAAUAUAAAUUGAAACUGAAUAAAAUAUCUUUGAAAC